GGGGGCUUCAUUUUGGCCGCGAGUCACAAAAUCAGUUUCAAACAACCAUUUGCUCAUCAACAACGUCGUCAGUCGGUAUGAGAUGUACCAAGAAAUUCAUUCAAACGAACCUGCCAACGGUGGCAAACACCAGGAGUGCAUUGCUAAAAUUUCUGAAAACUCGUUUGGCCAAACUUUCUUUGACACUUGAGGGCCACCCAGCCUACUCUGCACGAACGACUCGUUUCCGCGCGGCCUUUGUUUCGCGAUGUUUCCGUGUUUUCACGGCGAGGCCACUGGUUCUGGUUUUUGGACUCUCUUACUAGUCAAACACUACAUCCACAAAGACCAGCACAACCGCUUCGACUCGUAGCAUGUUGCAUACGCCGGCUGGCCACUACCGAAUGCCUCGCUAUCUUGGACCGCCACCUUCUCUAACUGUGGCAGCAUCGCCAUCAUGGUCGCGCAUUGCAUAUGCUCUAACAGCAUCUCAUAAUGGUGUGUCGUCCAGCAUCUAGCAACUCGAAGAAGAUCAUGGUGGCAUGAAGUUGGCUUAUCCAUGGCCCCUCAAGGCUGUGAACUUCUUUUUCAUUCGAGGUUGAUGGGUGACGAAUAUUUCAUGCCAUGCCUAAUGCGGCAACUGGUUUAUCGACCAGACCCAGUCAAACAGCCCACAUGGAACCCUAAGAUUGUGCAGUCCCUUGCAAUUACAAGGGUGUUCCUGCGAGUACAGUCCACUUUCACGGGGUUCGAUGGAGAUGGAUCUGCAUGGAGAUAGCUAGGUAGUCUGCUAUCACGCUGCGAAAUGGUUACUCGUGUAGCUGCGGCUUAUCCUACAACCACUCAGACUCUGCAGCCAUGGAAGGUUAUAUAACUGGCCGCGCUCUUUUGGCCAUGUCCUGUUCCUGUUCACUAGUCGAUUCAGUAUCAGUUCCAGGCCUCGCUUGUCACGCUUCCUAUCAUGCUGUUCCUUUCUUCUCUCCUUCUCCUGGCCCUGUCCGGGGCUCCGGCCUACGCAGUCCGCGUCGGCAACCUUUUGGAGCCGCCUAUGCCCCCGCCCUUUGCCAUCGAGGAUAUCGAGGAUAUAGACCCCAAGCAACUUACCAAGCGUAAGAUCAGCAGCGGGUUCUUUGAUCAAUACAUCGACCACAGCAAUCCUUCAUUGGGCACGUUUCGGCAGAAGUUUUGGUGGAGUGAUGAGUUCUACAAGGGUCCAGGCUCUCCUGUGAUUCUGUUCAACCCAGGAGAAUCAAGGGCCGAUAUCUACACCGGCUACCUGACGAACCUUACCGUUCCCGGCAUGUAUGCGCAGGCUGUUGGUGCCGCCGUCGUCAUGCUCGAGCACCGCUACUGGGGAGAGUCGUCACCUUUCGCAAACCUCAGCACCAAGAACAUGCAGUAUCUGACCCUCAACAACUCCAUCUCCGAUACAACUCGCUUUGCCCGCCAGGUGAAGCUGCCUUUUGACACCAGCGGGGCGACCAAUGCCCCCAAUGCUCCGUGGGUCUUUGUUGGUGGUUCAUACCCUGGUGCCCUUGCCGGAUGGGUAGAGAGCGUCGCCCCUGGAACUUUCUGGGCCUACCAUGCGUCAAGCGCCGUGGUCCAGGAUAUCGGUGAUUACUGGCGCUACUUUAGCCCAAUUAAUGAAGGCAUGCCCAAGAACUGCAGCGCCGACAUCGGCCGGGUCGUCGAGCACAUUGACAAAGUAUUGGGCACUGGAUCAGACAGCGACAAGUCUGCCCUGCAGACAGCUUUUGGCCUUGGAUCCCUCGAGCAUGAUGACUUUGUCGAGACUCUGGCGAACGGCCCAUACCUGUGGCAGGGCAUUGAUUUCAGCACUGGCUACUCGGACUUUUUCAAGUUCUGUGACUAUGUUGAGAACGUACCCCCGAAAGCAGCGACAAGAGUGCCCCCAGGAGUUGAUGGUGUUGGUCUUGAGAAGGCAUUGACGGGCUACCAGGAUUGGAUCAAGAAGGAAUACCUCCCAACCGCCUGCGACAGCUUGGGAUACCCCAAGGGUGACCUGGGCUGCCUGAGCAGCCACAACUUCUCAGCCCCCUUCUACCGUGACCAGACAGUAUUAAACCCGGGGAACCGGCAGUGGUUUUGGUUUCUUUGCAAUGAACCCUUCAAGUUUUGGCAAAACGGCGCCCCCAAGGGCGAGCCGUCGAUUGUUUCGCGUAUCAUAGGCAGCAAAUACUUUGAGAGCCAGUGUGCGUUGUGGUUCCCCGACGAGCCGCGUGAAGGCGGUGGCGUUUACACGUACGGCAUCGCCGAGGGCAAGGAUGUCGCCAGUGUCAACAAAUUCACCGGUGGGUGGGACCACACCGACACGAAACGACUUCUUUGGGUCAACGGCCAGUUUGACCCAUGGCUGCACGCUACAGUGUCGUCGCCCUCCCGCCCCGGAGGUCCCCUUCAAUCGACAGACAAGGCACCUGUUCUGGUUAUCCCGGGUGGAGUACACUGCACCGACUUGAUUAUACGCAACGGAGACGCCAACGAGGGCGCGCGCAAGGUCCAGAGUCAGGCACGCGAAAUCAUCAAGAAAUGGGUGUCCGAGUUUCCCAAGAGCGGAAAGAGCCCUUGAAUGAAGCAAAUGAGAUAUAUGCUAUAAUUCGUUAGACCUAAUACUAGAACUAGAACAUUAAAACUACCCACGCGCCGUGGCAGUUUUCUGUUUUGAACCACGCACGCGUUUGGAUACGUGCCUGGAUUCUCCAGAUCAGAGAUGUGACUGAAGCUGCAGCACUGGCC